AUGGAACCCCAUGUCCAUAAGGAUGAAGACACUCCUUCUUCCAAAUACUUUUCGAUGAAGACCACCAUUAAGAAUAAUUCAUUCAUGAAGUCCAUCAGAGGUUGUAGUCAAAGAUACAAGUCUCGUUCAAUCACCUUCUCAAAAGAAGCACCCAAAACUACCAAUCAACCUCCAGAAAAACCAGCCUCAAAGCAGCAUGAAAAUCUGGAUGAAUGGGAUGACCAACAAUGGUUUCCAGAAAUUUCAUUACAAACUCUGGAGCAUGUCAUGUGUGGUUGUCCAUCGUGUCGAAAUCACCAUUCAACAUGUCGUUGUAACAGUGGACAAUAUUCUUCUCAAGAUGAUGAAUGGAAACCACUGACGAGAAUUUCAACUCUUUCAACUUCAACGAAUAUUCAAUCGUUUCAUCAAGAAGAAGAGUGGAGAAGAUCGGUCCAUGAAGGAGAGAAAGGAAGUAUCUACAUCUGGAAUCCAAUUCUUCCACAUGUACCAACUACUUGUAAUUUAUCUGAUUGUGAAAAUAAUUUUAUUAUUACCAAUUUUGGAAAGCAUGUUGAGGUUGAUUCAUUGGAUGUUUCAAUUCCAUCAGCAACACAACAACAAGAGACGACUCCAAGUCCAGACCAAUCUCAAAUUUUACACAAUGAAACAAGUUCUCUUCUUGAAAAUCCUUUGAUUGGAUCAAAGGAAAAAGACAAAGAACCUGAACUUGGAAUCCUCUCACCUCAAUUGUCAAACGUUGAUCGCUCUCAAAGAAGAGAACUCUUUCCAUGGUUGUCUAGUUGCAAACAGAAAAAAAUUCAGAAACCUAAAAAGAUGUUGAGACCUUUGGAAAUUCCAAAGAAAUCCAUUCCAUUGGUUAGAAAAUAA